GUGCUUCUGAGGGACGGUGACCGCAUUGCAACAAAAACCUCGCUGAGCCCGAGAAAGCGAGGCAGAGAGGCUGUACUUGCGCAGUGUCUGUGGACUCCAUAGUUUACAGUUUGUGUUUAUAUAUUUUCGUUUUACUCCAAACUAUUCCGGGUUUUGGCACUUCUGAACUGAGCGACUAUUUUGCCGUUUGUUAAAUCAGUGAAAUAUCAUUGCAUUUAGUUGAAGCGCUUAGGGUUCAUGUAAACAAAAAUACAUUGAUGGUGGAUAGUCACGUCCAAAGCACAGCUACCUGUCUGUAAACUUCGUGUCAUUAUUACCGAUAGCUGUGUACAAAAUAAAUCUUCAUUACGCAUUUCAGUAUGCUGUUUUUAUUUUCUAUAGACAAUUAACAUUUUGUAUACAUAAUUAUUUAAACUUUUCGUUUUUAGUUUGAAUUGCCUAAUUAUAACCUUGGCUGAAAUAUUAUUAUUAUUAUUAUUAUUAUUAUUAUUAUUAUUAUUAUUAUUAUUAUUGCGAAGAAACAGUGUUCUUGUUUAUUUGUAAAAGGGCGUUGUAGUUUAAUAGCUUUAACAAAUAAUAGCAACGCCUUUUCUAAGACGAGCUAUCCCUCGGCCGCUGCAGACACUCAGAGAGGUUCUUAUGAAAACUCGAGAAUGAAUGUGGGCAAAAGUGGAUAUCGGGUCUUUUCGGCCAACUCGACUGCAGCAUGCACAGAACUCAGCAAGAAGAUAACCGAACGUCUUGGUGUUGAGCUGGGGAAGGCAGUGGUCUAUCAGGAACCCAACCGGGAAACCCGAGUGGAAAUCAACGAGUCUGUGCGUGGACAGGACAUCUUCAUCAUACAGACGAUUCCCAGGGAUGUUAACACGGCUAUAAUGGAGCUGUUGGUCAUGGCAUAUGCUCUCAAGACUUCCUGUGCAAAGAACAUUAUCGGAGUCAUCCCCUACUUUCCCUACAGUAAGCAGUGCAAGAUGAGGAAACGGGGAUCCAUUGUGUGCAAACUGCUGGCGUCAAUGUUAGCCAAAGCAGGUUUAACACACAUCAUCACAAUGGACCUCCAUCAGAAGGAGAUCCAGGGCUUCUUCAGUUUCCCUGUGGACAACCUGAGAGCAUCGCCGUUCCUGCUGCAGUACAUUCAGGAGGAGGGAUGAUGGCCAAGGAGAAACCACCCAUUACCGUGGUGGGAGAUGUGGGAGGAAGGAUUGCCAUUAUAGUGGAUGACAUCGUGGAUGAUGUGGAGGAUUUCGUGGCCGCGGCGGAGAUCCUGAAGGAAAGGGGCGCGUAUAAGAUCUACAUCAUGGCUACUCACGGACUGCUGUCAGGCGACGCGCCUCGUCUCAUCGAGGAAUCUGCUAUCGAUGAGGUGGUGGUCACAAACACCGUGCCCCACGAGGUGCAGAAGCUGCAGUGCCCGAAGAUCAAGACGGUCGACGUCAGCAUGAUCCUGGCAGAGGCGAUUCGCAGGAUCCACAACGGCGAGUCGAUGGCAUACCUGUUCCGCAACAUCACUGUGGACGACUAGAGCAGAGCCGAGCCGAGCUGGGGCACCUGUGAUACUCCCGCUCCUGCGUGAAACAGCAAGCUAACCCUUUGGAACAUGAGAACAAGCGUCAAUGCAAGAGCAUAUGUCAUUUCCUCCCAAGUCCAUUUAUCCUGAUUUGGUUACCCAUGUGCCAAAGUGAACCACCACUUGUGAAAUAACAUCACUGAAUACCAAUGUGCUUCAGCCUCGGCCCUCAGUGUGCUAAACUCCAGAACAUGUGAGUUGGCAGUAUGUUUACAAGUGCUGCAAAACUGUAAAGUGCACGGUUCUGUUUUGUGAGUGUGUGUGUGUGAGUGCGUUUCCUAUCAAGCCAUUAAUAAAAACGAAUUCGCAAAGUGUACUGUGCAAAGAUUUUUCAAUAAAGAGAGAAAUGCAAUGGAA